AGGCACCACAGUUACUCGAAGAGAUCCUGCUAUCUUUGCCUCUCACUCAACCCAACCUCAGUUUCAGUCCUGCACCACUGCUCCCAUCAAGCACAGCUUUCCGCUACCAUGGUGUCGUUCAAGUCUCUCCUGUUCGCCGCGACGGCGGUGACUUCGGUCCUUGGUAUGCCGUUCGACUUCGCCGAGCGUGACAAUGGGAACUCGACCGAGGUCCUAGAGCGGCGUCAGGUGACGCCCAACUCGCAGGGCAACCACAACGGUUACUUCUAUUCCUGGUGGUCCGAUGGCGGCGGCCAGGUUACCUACACCAUGGGUGCUGGUAGCCGGUACCAAGUUAGCUGGAGAAACACCGGCAACUUUGUCGGCGGCAAGGGCUGGAAUCCCGGCAAUGGCCGAACCAUCAACUAUGGCGGUUCCUUCAACCCCAGCGGCAACGGGUACUUGGCCGUCUACGGCUGGACUCGCAACCCGCUCGUCGAGUACUACGUCAUCGAGUCCUACGGCACCUACAACCCCUCCAGCGGAGCGCAGUACAAGGGGCAGCACCAGAGUGACGGCGGCACCUACAACAUUUACGUCUCGACCCGCUACAACCAGCCCUCCAUCGAGGGUACCAGAACCUUCCAGCAGUACUGGUCUGUCCGCACCUCCAAGCGUGUUGGAGGCUCGGUCACCAUGCAGAAUCACUUCAACGCCUGGGCUUCCGUUGGUCUGAACCUCGGACAGCACGACUACCAGAUCGUUGCCACUGAGGGGUACCAGAGCAGCGGCUCUUCCGAUAUCUACGUGCAAACCCACUAAACGCUUAACUUGAGUCUCUUUCCCGCACGGAAAGAUUCUAUCUGUUUCGCAUUAGGGGGGCAGAGACGCCAGGGGCACGUUGUUGGCAAGUGGGAUGUGUGUACAUAUGGGGGACGAGCAUCUUGAGGAACGAUGGGCUUCGAGGUGCUCUGGUUGCAU